AUUAUUGAAGAAUAUCAAGCUGGACUUAAAGAAGCUUGAAAACAAAGUUAGGUUUAUCCGCUGCGUUGUUGAUAAUGAAAUUAUAGUUAACAACAGGAAAAGGGCAGAUCUAUUUUUGGAGCUCCGACACAAGAAUUUUGACCCUUUCCCAAAGAAAAAAAAGAAGGCUGAACCAACUGCUGUAGGUGCUAUAGAAGAGGAGGAAAAUGUAGAGUCUCCUGAAACUGCAGUAGGAGUGGAUCCUAGUGACUAUGAGUAUCUCCUCUCCAUGUCAAUUGGUACCUUGACUUUGGAGAAGAUACAAGAGCUCAAUGCUGAGAAACAAAAGUUGGUGGACGAUGUUGUGGAACUGAUGAACACAUCGCCAAAAUCACUUUGGUUGAAAGAUCUUGAUGCUUUUGAGAAAGAACUGGAUGUGCUUGAUCAAAUGGAUCUAGCAGAGGAGGUGCAAAGGGAAAAGAGGAUAAAGGAAGGCAAAAAAGGCGGAUCAAAAGCUGCACCCAAGAAACAACCUAAAAAGGCUGCACCUAUAAAGCUGGAAAGCAGUACAGAAGACAAUGCUGCUGAACCAGUAGUCGCAAAGCGUGGAGCUCAACAGAAGAAAGCACCCAAAAAGGCUCCCGUGGACGAAGAGGAAGUUGAUAUGCCUUCACUGAAAGACCGUCUUGCUGCCUUUAAUAUAAAUGACUCAUCUCCUCCUGAUCACUCUGCUAUGGAAAUUGAAACAACAAAACAGCCGGCUCAGAAGAAUGGCAUCAUACUAUGCAGUCAAAUCUGCUUGUUAGUAUGUUAGGUUUAUUAUUAGUUC